CUAAAGCCGCUCUACCAGGCCACGAUACAAAACAGCUGACUACCGCACGUUAGCCAUGCCAACGCUACGCCGCUAAAUUGGUUGGCCUAACUUGAUCACUUGGCACGCUAAUGUGCGUCGUAAGUUUCAAUUUACGGCCGAUACGUAUGGCCUGCAGAUCUAACGUGUGUGAGUCAUAAAAGGUUAGAGGCAAUAUUGUCUGACAGUUGAUACGAUAUAUUGUAAACAAUUUUGUUAAAAAAUUAGCAUUUUUUAACAAUGGGUUGCGAUGGAGGAACAAUACCUAGACGAGAUGAGCUCGUUAGAAUAAAAAAGAAGCCAGAACAAAAAGAUAAGGAAGCAGAAUUGGCUUAUCGUUGGAGACAUUGUUCUAUUCGACAACUUCCAUUACAAGCUCCUAUUGUAGCGUGUGGUUUAGGAAGAUUGUAUAGUAAGGAAGCAGUGCUUGAGGGAUUACUCGAUCGUUCUACACUUUCUGAAUCAGCGACUCACAUUAAAAAUUUGAAAGAUGUAAAGAAUCUUAAUCUUACCCCAAAUCCGGCUUUUGAUGGGGAUAUAGCAAAAAAUGGUGGUUACAUAGAUGAUGGACGGAGUCCAUUUAUUUGUCCCGUCAUUGGUUUGGAAAUGAAUGGAAAAUAUAAGUUUUGUUUUCUAUGGAAUUGUGGAUGUGUAAUAAGCGAACGUGCACUAAAAGAAAUAAAAACUUAUACUUGUCACAAAUGUCAACAACCUUUUACCGACACAGAUAUAGUUAUUUUAAAUGCUCAAGAUGAAGAUUUCAAAAAUAUGGAAGAAAAUAUUAUUACACGUAAAGUUGAACGUAAGUCUAAAAAAAGAUCAAGUAAUGCAGGUUGUACCGAUACAGUAAAAGAGGAAGUAUCGAGUAAGAAAGUUAAAAAAGAAAAAUUAGAUAAAACACAAACUACGCAAAUUAAAUCGAAAAAAGAACCACAAGAUCCUGCUUAUGAAAAAUCCAAAGAAGAUUAUAGUGUUGCUCAAGAUCCAAAUGCAUCAGAGGUUUUGAAAAGUAUCUUUACAACACAUAAAACUGCUUCAGAGCAGACUAGAGCUCAUUGGGUUACAUAUAAUCCAUUCUAUAAUUAGUAAAAUUAGUAAUGAUAAAAAUAUAUAAAAAAAUAUUAAAUUUAUUUUCCAUUGUAAAUAAAGUACUAUAUCUAUAUUUACAAUUUUAAUAUUAAACAUAAUAUUAGACUAAAUUUAUGUCGCUAUUGAUUAUCAUUGAACAUAUUAAGCCAAUCAUUAAGUUAUUUUAGAAUUGUUUAAUUAUUGUAGUAAAUUUUUAUUUAGUAAUAAUUU